AGUAAACAAAGUGGCAGGAGAGGAGUUCCCAAGUUCUUGGGGCGGGACUCAGUAAAUACUGGACUUAAUCCAGCCACGUUAAAAGGUUUGUUUCCAUCUAGGAGGCAAAACAGAAACACUGAAACCCAAGAGAAAGGCCAGCAAUUUGCAAAGAGUAGAAUCAUGUGCACUGCAGGGAAAGUCAUCAAAUGUAAAGCAGCCGUACUCUUUGAAGUUAAGCAACCGCUUCACAUUGUGGAAAUAGAAGUAGCCCCUCCAAAAGCACAUGAAGUUCGUGUUAAGAUCUUGGCUUCUGGAAUCUGUCGCUCCGAUGACCAUGUAUUGAAUGGUACACUAAAAGUGAAAUUCCCAAUUAUUCCUGGUCAUGAAGCACUUGGUGUUGUGGAGAGCAUUGGGGAAGGAGUUACCUAUGUGAAACCAGGAGACAAAGUCAUCCCACUCUUUCUCCCACAAUGUGGGAAAUGCCGAGCUUGCAAGAACCCUCAACGCAACUUGUGUGAAAAGUCUGAUACUUUCAAAGGUACUGGGUUAAUGUAUGAUGGCACCAGCCGAUUCUCUUACAAAGGGAAACCAGUUCACCAUUUUGCUAACACCAGCACCUUUACCGAAUACACCGUGGUGCAUGAGGAUGCGGUGGCCAAAGUUGAUCCUGCAGCCCCUCCUGAGAAAGCCUGUCUGAUAGGCUGUGGAUUUUCUACUGGCUAUGGCGCUGCCACCAAAACUGCAAAAGUAACUCCUGGUUCUUCUUGUGCUGUUUUUGGGCUGGGAGGAGUCGGCCUCCCAGUAGUCAUGGGCUGUAAAGCAGCUGGAGCAUCACGAAUCAUUGGAAUUAACAGAAGCAAGGAUAAAUUUCCCAUCGCUAAAGAGCUGGGUGCCACCGAGUGUGUCAGCCCUCUGGAUUUCAAGAAGCCCAUCAAUGAAGUGCUGCUUGAGAUGACUGAUGGGGAAGGUGUGGACUAUUCCUUUGAAGCGAUUGGGCGCACAGACACUAUGAUUGCUGCACUGGCUUCCUGCAACAUGAACUAUGGCACCAGUGUGAUGGUUGGGCUACCACCUUCAGAAGCAGAGAUGACUUUGUCCCCAACACUUAUUUUUACAGGACGCACUUGGAAAGGCUCUCUAUUUGGAGACAUGAGAGGCAAAGAAGAUGUUCCUAAGCUGGUUUCAGAACUCAUGGCGAAAAAGUUCAAUCUGGAUCCAAUAAUUACACAUGUUCUGCCUUUUGAUAAAAUCAAUGAAGGAUUUGAACUGCUCCGUAAUGGAAAAUGUAUCCGUACUGUUCUGAAAAUGUAAAGACCCUGGUGGAGAUAAUACAAGACAGUUGGAUUCCAGCAGAACCAUCAAUUGUGCAUCACAUCAGGGAACAUCUGUGGAAAGAAUUGCAUAGUGUUGUUUUGCAAGUAGCAAUACUGCUUUAUUAAUCUAGAAACUAAUCCUAUUUUUCUCAAGAUGAAAUACAAAAUAACUCUGCCUUCUGAUUCAUAUUCUCAGUGCCUUGGAGACUUGUGUUUAAUGAAGCCAUAGCAAAACAAUAAAUCACGGGAUUAUAGGAUAUUAUUCCGCAGACAUAUGCUUUUAUGGGAACGGGUCUCAUUGAAUUAACUUCAGCAUAGACUUUUGAGAGCAGAGGCAUUACUAAUCACUAUCUAGAAAUGUAAUCAUUAAAAAGAGUUUUGCAAUUGUCAGUAAUUCAUCAAAUUAUUGUAAUUUGGAGAGACUCCUUUCUGUAUGUUUAUAUGAAUUGCUGGCCAUUGGCUAAUUAAUAAAGCUUUUUCUCAGUA